AUGGUUGAUACAGGUGCGACAACAUCACUGAUUUCAAGAUCGGAACUGGAUACCAUACCACACUCAUCAAUUGUCCCAACCGAAACAGUAGCAACACUUGGUGAUGGCCGAACUCAAAUAUUGAUUAAUGGCGUAGUGGAAUUAGCAAUAACUAUAAAUAACAUUACUACAUGUAUAAAAGCACUUAUCGUCGAGUCGUUGGGUGCAAAUAUCAUUCUUGGAAUGGAUUGGUGUAAAUUGAACAAUGCCAAGGUAGAUAUACAUCAGAAUCAAAUAGAAAUCAACCAUCCCGAACAGGGUAAUACAACAACGCCGUUUGUUACUAAUGGAUCCGUUGAUGCUUGUCUUGCCGAAAGUGUAGCAUUACUACCUUAUCAUGAACAUGUCGUCCGAAUGAGAGCUCCAAUGUCUUCUGUUAUGCUCGCUACAUUUUUGCCUGAUCUUCACAAAUGUUCCCAGUUAAAACUUGAAAUACCUGAUGCUUUUGUUGAAAUAAACGAUUUUUCAUUUUACAUAGUCAUUUUUAAUCCCACCAAGAAUGUUCAUAGGUUAGAUGCUACAGUCCAACUAGGUUCAAUACAUUAUCAACCAAAGAAUGAAAUUAUGUACAAUAUAUUUGAAUCGUCGAGCUCACCAAGUUGCACUAUACAAUCUGCAAUAAUUAACCAAAUCAAUACGAUUAAACAGCCACCAUCAACAUCAGUCGUCGACAGUACAUUACAGAAAUUAGUGGCUCAUAUCGAAGAUAAACAACACUAUGAUGACUUCUUAAGUAUCCUUCAACAAAACAAACGAUCGUUUGACACUUCGAAAAUGACACGAGCAAAGACACAAAUUCAUCACACAAUCAAUACUGGUGAUCAUCCACCCAUCAAUGCUCGGCCAUAUUACAAAACGGUUCAACAACGAAAAGAAGUUCAACAGGAAGUUGAACAGCUGCUAAAUCAAGGUAUUCUUCGACCAUCUCAUUCACCGUGGUCUUCACCAAUCUUGCUGAAAAAGAAACCAGAUGGUUCAUACCGGUUCUUGGUCGACUUUCGGCGACUGAAUUCUAUAACACGCAAAGAUUCAUAUCCGCAGCCCUCUGCGGAGGAAUUGCUUCAUCGCCUUGCUGGUCAUAGGAUUUAUACCAAACUUGACCUCAAGUCUGGAUACUUCCAGAUUCCAAUUCAUGAAUCCGAUAUUCCGAAGACGGCUAUUGUGACGCAAGAUGGGUUAUAUGAAUUUACAGUACUGGCACAAGGAUUGAUGAACGCACCACCCACAUUUCAGCGGGUGAUGAAUGAGUUGUUAGCUAAUGGCAGGUGGGAUUUCGUUGUUGUAUACCUGGACGAUAUAGUUAUAUUUUCCAAAGAUAUAAAUGAACACAAACAACACCUUGCUGAUGUUCUGUCGACUCUUCACCAUGCUAAUUUCCAAGUGUCGCCAGCAAAAUGUUCAAUUGCAGUUGAAAAAAUUGAAUUCUUAAGCCAUAUGGUUACUUGUCAUAAGAUUGAACCGUCGCCUGACAAGAUCAAAGCGAUCUUAGAUAUUGCACCCCCGAAAACGCUUUCCCAAGCCAAUCGAUUUAUUGGUAAAGCAGGUUACUAUAGGAAAUUCAUCCGUGAUUUUGCUAAGAUAGCCGCACCUAUCCACAAAGUUACGAACAAGACCCGUACCAAACGUCAUGAAUUUAUGUGGGGACCUGAUCAACAAAAAGCCUUUGAACAACUGAAAUCAAUAUUGACAACAGCACCGUUGUUUUUGGAUUUUCCGGAUCACUCUUUCCCCUUUAUAUUGUCUACUGAUGCAAGCGAUUAUCGAAUAGCUGGGAUACUCAAGCAAAACCUGGAUGGUCAAAUGAAAAUCUGCUAUUAUAAAUCCAGAUUAUUGAACGAUGUCGAGCGCCGAUACUCAACAACAGAGCGAGAGGCAUUAGCUAUUUACUGGUGUUUAAAUGAGCUAAGAAAUUAUAUUGGUGAUUCAGGAAUCACCAUUGAGACUGACCACAAACCGCUUGUUAAUAUGCAUCGCAAGAAAGCCUUUGGGAACAAACGGAUUGAUAAUUGGCUUAUUCAGUUACAAGAUAUGAUUCCACAAAUCCUGGAGAUAAAAUAUCAACGAGGUAUUGAUAAUGUUGGACCAGAUUACCUUACUAGGUAUGAUACAAAUAUUGAUGACAUAGCCACGCCGUCAUGUUCUGUUAUUACUCGAUCAAUGUCAAAACAAGCCACAACAUCAUCUAGACCGCCUGAAAUGACACCCCAACCCAUACUACAGCCAACAGUUACUGUUGAGUCUAAAGACCCACCCACACCGGUUAAUUAUCUUGAUUUGAGUUUGGAAAGAAUCCAAAGGGAACAAAGUUUCGAUGCCAAUAUUCAAAAGAUUCUCGCUCAGAUGCAUGAACCGCAAAUGCAUAACUUCGUAUUGUGUAAUAAUCUAUUACAUCGUCUAAUAGAUCAGAAGAAAAGUGGUACAAGAAAGAAACUUCCGUACAUCCCCACAACAAUGAUCCGGAUGGUACUCGAAGCCUUUCAUGAUCAUCCAUUAAGUGGUCAUUUUGGAGUGCAAAGAACAUUACAAAAAAUACGAUCCCGAUUUUGGUGGCCACAAAUGCGGAAAACAAUAGAGAAUUAUAUUGCAUCAUGUCCCCAAUGUACAAAAUUCAACAUCGUACGUGGCAAAUCAUUCGGCCACCUCAAAUCAUAUGAGCCACCCAAUGACGUCUUUCAGGUUGUGCACAUGGAUUUUUGGGGACCGGUGCGCCCAUCUGCAAGUGGCAACCGAUAUGUAGUAGUAUUAACAGACAAUCUUUCAAAAUAUGUUAUUGCAAAAGCUCUUCCGACUAACUCCGCGCAUGAUACUGCUAACUUCCUUCUCAAGAACUUUAUUUUAGUUCACGGUGCUCCUCUGCAGCUGAUAACCGACCAAGGUGUCCAUUUUAAUAAUAAGUUAAUGGCGAAUCUCAUGCAUUCCACAGGAAUCAAGCAUGAUUUUUCGGCCACUUACCACCCAGAAACCAACGGGCAAGUAGAGAGGUUUAAUGCUACCUUUUGCACACAGUUAGCAAAAUACUAUGAUGAGAACAAAAGCGACUGGGAUGUAUAUCUUCAGUCAGUUGUCUAUGCCUACAACACUGGCACUCACGCUACCACUGGUUUCACUCCAUACGAACUUGCUUAUGGUAGAAAACAACGAACUCCGUUUGAUUUUGCCACACCACCUACUCUUCCUGAUGAACCAGAUCAAUUCUAUAAUCGAUUGCAGAAGACUCGGCAGCUUAUCCUCCAACAAGCUCAACACAAUACGCGACACCUGCACCGAAAAAUCCAACAUCGGUACAACAACCGUCGUAAAGAUAUUUGUUUCAAUGUCAAUGACCAUGUAUUUCUUAAAGUAUGUGGAAAUCGAACCAAAUUGGAUGAACGAUGGAUUGGGCCGUGCAAAAUACUCGACAAAAACGGAUCACAGAAUUAUUCAGUAGAAACUCCUGAAGGAAAAGUAACAUCAGCUCAUGUCAAUCAACUACGUCCGAUGGUGCAUCGGAAUAUUAAUUCUAAUACUAUGUUUUAA